UUACUCUAGUUGUCAAGAUUAUCGCUCUUUCCACCCCACAGUUAGCAGCCUGCUCCCAUUAUUGUAAUAAAAGAACGUUGUGUGAGUGGACUCCUGACUCUGCACUUCAAAACAAAUCUAUUAACGGGGAGAGAUUUUAGUGAGGCGGAUUGGUGUUAAGGGGCAGGCAGUGAGUGUGAGUGGCUUGCUAGUGAGUCACUGAAUUUUAUGGGACUCUUAAUAUUUCUUGACAGACAGACAGACUUGGAGGAAUUCUGAAUCUUGGAUAGAGCCAGAAUCACACAUGCUCCAAAGUCAGGUGUCAAGAACAGAAAGAGGCGAGGGACUGGGAUGGGGAAGAGUCCUCUGUUAACAGAGAUGGAUGAUGCAUGAAAUCAUGGAAUGGCGUGAAUGUAGAAGGGGCAACGCACAAGCAGGUGGUGGACCUGAUUCGAGCAGGAGAGAAGGAGUUAAUACUGACAGUGUUAUCCGUUCCGCCCCAUGAGGCUGAUAACCUCGACCCCAGCGACGACUCUUUGGGGCAGUCGUUCUAUGACUACACUGAAAAGCAGGCCGUGCCCAUCUCCAUCCCCACAUACAAACACGUGGAGCAGAAUGGCGAGAAGUUUGUGGUUUACAAUGUUUACAUGGCAGGGAGGCAGCUGUGUUCGAAGCGGUACCGGGAGUUUGCCAUCCUCCACCAGAACCUGAAGCGGGAGUUUGCCAAUUUCACCUUUCCACGCUUGCCGGGGAAAUGGCCUUUCUCUUUAUCGGAGCAGCAGUUGGAUGCCAGGCGCCGAGGGCUCGAGGAGUAUCUGGAGAAAGUAUGUUCCAUACGAGUCAUUGGGGAGAGCGACAUCGUGCAGGAGUUCUUAUCGGAAUCGGACGAGAAUUACAAUGGUGUGUCAGAUGUGGAACUAAGAGUAGCACUACCAGACACAACAGCAGUGACAGUCAGGGUCAAAAAGAACAGCACUACAGACCAGGUGUAUCAGGCUGUGGCUGCAAAAGUAGGAAUGGACAGCACUACAACAAACUACUUUGCCUUGUUUGAAGUGAUCAAUCACUCCUUUGUGCGUAAACUGGCGCCCAAUGAAUUCCCACACAAGCUCUAUGUACAGAACUACACGUCGGCGGUGCCGGGGACUUGUCUGACUAUCAGGAAAUGGCUCUUCACUACAGAAGAGGAAGCCCUCCUGAAUGACAAUGACCUCGCAGUUACCUACUUCUUCCACCAGGCUGUAGAUGAUGUGAAGAAAGGUUGCAUCAAGGCUGAGGAAAAGUCCUACCAGUUACAGAAGCUGUCUGAGCAGAAAAAGAUGGUCAUGUAUUUAAACAUGCUGCGGACAUGUGAGGGUUACAAUGAGAUCAUCUUCCCCCACUGCUCCUGCGACUCCCGGCGAAAGGGUCAUGUGAUCACAGCCAUCAGCAUCAAGCACUUUAAACUCCACGCCUGCACAGAGGAGGGUCAGCUAGAGAACCAGGUAAUAGCAUUUGAGUGGGACGAGAUGCAGCGGUGGGACACAGACGAAGAGGGAAUGGCAUUCUGUUUUGAAUACGCACGAGGAGAGAAGAAACCUCGAUGGGUUAAAAUCUUCACCCCCUAUUUCAACUACAUGCACGAGUGCUUCGAGCGGGUGUUCUGUGAGCUGAAGUGGCGGAAGGAGGUGGAGGAGGAAGCGACAGACAAGGAUAACAAGAACUUCAGUAAAGACACUAUAUGCAGCAAGAAUAUCUUUCAGAUGGCCAGAUCACAGCAGAGAGACGCCACCACUUAGCCCCUCCUGUUGUGGAAGAAUGUAACCACCCCGCCCCCCAAAUUAACACUUAAAAAAAGAUUUAAAAAAUUCUGUUGUUGUAUUAAAAGCCCUUAAACUAAAUAUUAUUAAUAACAAACCAUUUGUGAAUUUCAUGGUUAUGGAAUUAAGCAACUAGGAAAAAACCAGCAGGCUUAUCAGAGUAACAAGAGGGGAAAACUUUUCACCAACAGACAAAAUCCACCCAAGGGUAUUCUGUUUUUCUUUUUUUGUUUCACUUGGGUCCUCCAUUGGAAGAUGGAUUGUGCUUAUAUUAUAUUUUUUACAACUGGAAAUAGAAAUGCCAUCCAUUUGCACUGUUCAGACAUAUAUAUGUAUGUAUGUUUAAAAAAAAAAAAAAAAGGAAAGUUAUAUAUACAAAAUACCACACGUAUAUACAUAUAUAUAUUUCUUUUAAAAUUUCAUAGCAGCAGCAGUACCUUUUCUAAGCUUGCGUUUUUACACGCAUCUCUUUCCUCCGAAUCCAUCGUGUUUUUUUAAAAACUAACUUUAACGGAAAAAAAAAAAAGAAAAAAAGUAACAUUACAGGGAAAUACCUCUCCUCUCAAAGGACCUUGACACGUUUACAAGCUUUUAAUUUUGGUUCUUUUUUUUCUUUUCAUUUUUUGCAUUGAACCUUUUUAAGAAGUGUGUAAAGCAGCUGGCUCCAGAACUAGUAGGACAAAGAGAGAGAGGAUUUUGUUCACUGAUGGUCUGAUCAUGCAUCCUUACCUUGGAUAGCAUUUAAAAUCAGUGGGGCUGCUUAUGGGUGUAAAUGUUCACGAAGGGUGUGAUGCUGUAAUUGAUGGGACUCGGAAAGCUAAGGGGAAGAUGGGUUUUGAGUUGGAAUCUUCCCAUUGGCCUCCAUGGACUUUGGGUCAAAGCCCUAAAGACUGAAAUUUACCUCUGUGCCAAAGUGCCAGAUUAAGGCCUAUUCUAAGUGUAAGGCCCACAGCAAUCAUAGUUUGAAGGGUUAAGUGGAGCUGGGAUGGUGCAUAGUCCUUGUGCUGGCACUCUGGUCCUCAGGCAGAGGUGCAAAAAGGACAACCGCAAAGCAGAAUUGGCUCCAUCCAGCUUGGAAGAGAAGUGAGGCUCCGUCUGUGGCUUUCCCCACAGCUUGAUCAGAUCUCUUUGGGGCGGGGAUGAGACAGCCCAGAGCUGUCGAAGCCAAAGAGCUGGUAUCUUCCUGAUGGCUUUGGCUGCUCCUUGCAGCUUUCCAGGACAGAAGCAGCAUUGUUUGGGUGCGGUGCUGACGCCUGUAUUUUGCCAGCAGUCUGUCAGCCCAGGCAGGGUAGGGGAGACGAGGUCUGGCAGAGCAGGUUGGCUUCCCCGAGCAGGGACGGGUUUUAAACAGCCCCGUCUCUGUGAGAAUUUGAACUGUUCUAGCCAGCCAAGCAACAGCCUGAGUAAUUCCUCUCCUUUCCUGCAUGUGCCCUCUGCCUGCCCUUGAGCAGAGCUUAGCUUCUCCACGCACUUCUCAGUGCAAAGGCUUUUCUGUAGGGGAGGAGGUUCUGGCCCUGUAUAGGCCAGGGUGUUAUGAAUUCCUGCUGCUUCACCUCCCCCUGGCCCCGGGUGUGUGCUUCUAGGACUGGACGCAGGGAGCCAGCUGCAGGUUGAAGGAUCUGAGGAGGCAGCCGUAGGCUAGAGGACGCCUGAGGUUAGUUUGCUCGUGAGCAGUCAGGUCAUCCUUAUAGACGCUCAGGUUGAUUUAUUGCCUCGAUUUGGUAUUUUGGCAACUUCUUCCCGAGUUGAUCUAGGCUGUGUCCCUGUGGAUCAUAGUGGUAACUCUUCACUCGUCCAUUCCAGCCAGUGGCCACGGUGCCCUUGCCAGGGACCUGGUCUGUGAGUGUGAGGCCCAGCUGGCAUGGGAGCAGUAUAGUACUGCCCUGCUGUGGGACUCUGUGCCAGCGAAGUCCCCUCUCCUUGUCUUGCCUUCUGGGCAGGCAGGGCUGGAACUCAGCACUUUCAGCUCCAUGGUGGGUCAAGGGGAGAGGUCUGACAGCCCCCCUUUUGAUUCAGGAAGAACAUCAAAGGGAGUCUGAGGAUCUUGAAGGCGAGAGGCUAAGGAGAGUGGGAGUGAAUGAACAGUCAAUAUGGACAGGAGGGGAAGAGGAGAAGAGCAGUGGAAUUGACUUACCAUCUUCAGAAAGGACAGUUGGCAGCUUUCCCCUGAGCUGGGUUGUCUGAGAAGCUGCAAAGAAAGACCCGAUGCUGAGGCCUGGGCAGGGCUUCCUACUUGCUCUAACUUGAUACACCCUUACCUCGAAGAAUCUGUCUCUUUAAUAAAGUAGGACGGCCCUUGAGGCUCGCGAUACCCAGCUCGCCACACAUGGGAUCUGACAUUGCCUGUCACGGCAUGAAGCCAGUGUGGUCUGCCAGGAAAUGCUCUCUAAAGACAGAUAGCAUCCUUCGAGUCACAAUUUCAAAGCGGGAGCAGCGUUAGCUUAGGAGAAACCUUCGCCUUGCACUUAGAGGCCAGCAGAACACUGGAUUCUAAAUUUUUUCCUCCAAAUGUCUUAUUUCUGGGUGUGAAUUAGGUAGCUUAGGUACACCAGUCUGAGUGAGUGCAAAGACUUAAAGGCUGCAGUAGGAACUCUGUACUUUAGAUCUUGAACUAAUUACGUAUCCCUUCUGCAAUGAAAACAAAUUGAGCUGAGGAAGCUGGGUGGCUCUGUAUAAGGGGCUUCAAUAUGUUAACCCAUUGGAUGCCUUGGUGCAAAGAAACCCGCCUCCUUUAAUUUGGUAUUGCUGGAUGCAACUUAAGUGUCUGGGCCAACAGGUUAUGCAAACCAGCUUUUGUGCCCUGUAGAUGGCAUGAGGAAAGCAGCUUCUACGUUUUCUGCAGCAGAACUGGAUUUGAAAUUGACAUGGCUCAUUGAAAUAAGAAACUUGUUGGGGAUGGGGGUUAGUGCUUUUAGAAGCAGCUGAAGUCUAGAUUCAGGGCAGCUGUGAAAACGUUAUCAACGUUUUUGCAAAUAUCCCUCUUACUUCCCACCUCCUUUCCUGGUCUGUGGCUUCCAAAGGCCCCAGGCUUAAUUUCCUCACUCCCCUGAGUCAUUUGAUUUAACAUAACCCAAGAACCAGGAGUCACCCAAUGAAAUUAAUAGGCGGCGGGUUUGAAACAAAAACAAAAAGAAGUAUUUCUUCACAUGAUGCGCAGUCAGCCUGUAGAACUCGUUCCCAGGGGAUGUUGUGAAGGCCAAUAGUAUAACUGGGUUCAAAAAAGAAUUAGAUUUGUUCAUGGAGGAUGGGUCCAUUGAUGGCUAUUAGCCAAGAUGGUCCGGGAUGCAACCUCACGCUCUGGGUGCCCCUAAACCAUCGACUGCCAGAAGCUGCGACUGAAUGACGGGCUGGAUCACUCGAAAUUGUCCCAUUCGUACCCUCUGAAGCAUCUGGCACUGGCCGCUGUCGGGAGACAGGGUACUGGCUAGAUGGACCAUUAGUCUGACCCAGUGCGGCUGUUCUUAUUUUCCAGCCCUAUGUAUGGGGACAUGGUGCAUGCGAUGUAGGACCUAAGUAGUGAUGGAAGCACAAAAUAUUGGUUGGAACGUGAAGUGAAUUAUUUUUUACACCAACUUUAGAUCUAAGCUGGUCAGAAGCCAGGUGAGUUUGGGGAGCAAUAUUAGUUUUUCCUCUGCAAUCCCAGGCUACUAGUGGCUCUUUUGGGCCGCAAGGUUCUUCUCUUUGUUAAUUUAAAAGAAGCUUUUUGUGUCCUGUAGCAACUGUUUAUGUAGCAGAGAGUCAUUUACAGUGUAGAGCAGCCCAGACCACUGGCCAUGGGCAGAUAAUCCAAAGUUUGGGUGCAUGUUUGAAACCUGUUCAGAGGGUGUGGCUGGGGCCCAGGACAAGUGCCGUUGGGCUAAGAACUCUUGUGCCUUUCCAAAGUUGCUCUCCCCUUAAGCAUCUUUCUGUAGCACAGUAUUUGCGCUUUAGGCUGAGAGGGAUGUUGAGUUUGGGGUCUAUGUACCCAACUUCCUGCCCCUCUUUGGUGUUAGGAGUGGAAUUGGAAGGCCAUAAGAAAAGCUGCCCACAAAAGGACCAUCCCCAUCCUUCAUCAAAUUCCCUGGAUCAGCCAUUCUUUGAUAAGCUAGCUUGCUCGUUUCCCUUGAUUAAUCCUCCUGCUGCUAAAUACCCUCCACCCCCUGGAGACCAGUCAGAACACGGUACAGCUGUUGUUACCUUUCCAGGUGGCUCUAUCAACCUCUGAUGGCAGGAAGGCGUUUUCGUCUUGUGCAGGCGGGCAGGUCUUCAAGGCGCUGGGGGAUCGUGUGCCCCUCUGCCCGUUCAGUAGCGGGAGGAUGGGCUGUCUUGCUGGAGUGUGUAUCCUCCAGCACAGGAGCCCUUUAGAGCUUGAAGAGUCCCUUCCUGGUGUGUGAGGCAGUCAACUUGUUCUGGUGGUUAGAGCAGGAGACCCAGAUUCUAUUUUUGAUUCUGCCACUGACGUUCUGGGUGACCUUGGGCUAGUCGCUUCCCCCUCUGUGCCUCAGUUUCCCCACCAGCGGAAUGAGGUGUUCAUACCCACCUGUGUAAAGCACUUUGAAACCCUUGACUGGGAGGCCCUAUCCAAGUGUGCAGUAUUAGCCUCUCCCAACAAAUUACCCAAAGGGCUGAAUAAGCUACUGGCAAUGUCUCUUGUAUGGAGAGACAAGAUUGUCUCAUUGCUGAUGAGACAGGGGCUCUACGUUUCCUUCUGUUUUAAUCAGAACAGAUGGAAAGAUCUCAGCAGCAGUGUUUAGAGCCCCUCCCCAGUCUCUGUUCGUUGAGCUCGGCUACUCAUGUGACUCAAAUCGGAGGAGUUCAGCGGGUGUAUAUGUCACAGGAAGAAGUACUGCUUUGGGGGGCCUCUGGAGGAGUUCAUGUUCCAGCAUUGAUCUGUGUUAGAGGGGGAGGCUUGGACCCAGAUUGCUCUGCAUGCACGGCCGGCUUGGCUUUGCUGACAGUUCUCUGCACACAGCCAAGCACCUGUUGGAGGGAUGCUAAGCCGGGUUCUUCCUCAGGGCUAGCAGGAGAGGACGGUGGACGUUAGACUUGCUCUGCAGUGUUAUGGGAGGAAUGCAGCUUCUGUGCAACUUGUAUUCUCCCAGUCUUAGCUCCCUUGGCAUCCAGUGCGGCUGUAAGUAUGUCCAGCUAGUCUCCUGCUGGGAAGGAAAUAAGGGAGCCCCAGAGAUCUGGAGCCACCUUUGGGCUUGGAAAACCAAUUAUUGGGUUUAUCGGGUGAAAUGUGCUAGCUGUGGUGUUUGGAUAGGAGCUGGUUUCCAUGGGCAGGAGGGGGCAGUUUUCACUACAUGAGUUCCCCAAAAGGGGAGCCACCUGCCCAAAUGCUUAAUUCUCAUUUCCCAAACACCUCCCCUGUCUGUAAUUUAUUCAGGCUCCAAGUCUCCUCUCCCCCAGUUUUGGGGUGCACCUUGAGAAGAUUUAACUUGCCUCUACUUAUUCCCUAAAAUCCAGGGGUGGGGUGUAGUGGAAGGGAGAUUCUCCCCUAUUCCUUAUGACCCUUUUCACACAGGCAGUAGCUCUGUAAUCAGCCAUUGUUUGUUUUUGCCAGGUUUCUCUCAGUCCACUGGAUUUAGGGAAGGACUUGUGCCAAUACUCAAAUUUUCCAUAGCUAAAGAAGCUGGAAAUCUCUUUGCAGUAGUAAGUUCUGCAGCGGGACCCAUGUUAAAAAAACAAAAAUGGAGCGAGAGCCAUAAACAUGAAAUUUCACUGCUGACUGAAGUAGGGCGACUUAAGAACUAGUAACCUCCUCCAGUUGACUUCUGUGCUGUGACAUUUAACCAUUGUUAGGUAUGUUGCUCAUUCUCUGUCUGUUUAGAGAGCUAGAAAGCAAGCACCUUUGUUCACGUCAGAGUGUCAGAUUUUGGGGCCUGAGGGGGAAGAACUGAAAUUUCCACUUCCACAGGACUGGUCCUGAAAUGCUGAUUUUGUGUGUGUUUGUGUAUGUUUAAAUUUGGAAAGAAACGGGUAAUCUGUCAAUUUCUCUUCCUUUUUUUAAAACAAAUCCUUGGCUCAUUUAAUUUGUCCUAUUUCUGGUCCCAUCAGAAAUAAGCAUUGAGGCUCUCUCUCUAUCUGAACACAAGGCACUUUUUAAAAAUGCAACCCCGGUCCUUCCAUUUCCAGGCUCUUUACUUUUCAGAUUUUUUAAAAAAUCAGUUGAUAGGCUUUGGCUGCUCUGAAGUCAGACCUAUAAGCCUGAGCACAAGUUAAAUAGGUCAGGUUACACUUGGUAUAAUAAACUGCUCUCCUCAAACGCUCUCUAAAUUAAAUAGGUAGAAGAUGCAGCUGAUGAAGCCUUAAUUAGAUGAGAAAUAAACUUCUCAGCCCCCCUUCCUCCUCUGAUCCUGAUGGUCUGCAGUAAUGGCCAAAGCAAAGUAAUUGCUUUUUUGCUGUCUUGCAGAUUUUUCUUUUUUGCUGUGUUUUCCUCCACACUUAUAGGGACCAGGUGGGGGAGGGAAUAUAUUUUAUUGGACCAGCUUCUGUUGGUGAGAGCUUGCAUAGAGCUCUACUUCAGGGCUGGGAAACUAACUCAAAGCUAGAUUUAUGGACUCUUAACCUGUUUUGAGUGGCUUAGAUGGCCAAGUGCUCUCUGGGAAAAUUACAUUUUUAUCUGUGCAAAAGCUUUUCACCGCUUGCAAACCGAAGUUGGCGAGUGAUGCAUUUGUAAAAAAACAAGUGGUUUAUAGAUCCCCCUCCCCACCACACACACAUGCACACCCCUACACUUCUGCUUUGGAAGUGAAGCAUGUAUUAUUAAAGCUGACGGCAGCCUAGCUCAUGGAGACUGUUCUGUUUUUCUAAACAAAUUUGUAUAAAGCCUCCAUAGCCCUCACGCUUACCAAGCGAUCCUGUAUUCUGACUGCAAAGCUCUCCAGCUGAGAGCAUGGAACUUGGUCACGAGUGCUGGAAAGGACUCCAACCAAAAGGCUGUUAUGGGUUUACAGAGCACUGCCCUGUUACAGCGGAGUCUGCUGCCCUCUGGCACAGCCCUGGGCAGGGUGGCUGAGAACAGAAUUUGUCCCUGUUUGAAAUAACCGGGGUGGGGUGGGGUGGGGUAGGGCUGGAUAUUUGGGGGAGUGGCUGGGGGUAUGUUUCUCACCCAAGCAGGGUAUCCAAGAUGUAGUUGACCUUCAGCACGAAGCUCUUCUGCUUCCAGUUAACCCGUCAGAUUGCACCAAACCAGUUCAGCAACUAGGUAGUUUGGACACAAUACAGUAGCUUCCCAUUAGCAGGAAGGCCCCUUGCGUGCUCCUGCACAUUCUUCUCCCUGCUGGGCUGCAGCACCAGGCCUCUCCUCUUGUUCAUUCCUGGUGCACACAACCUGACAGAUAGAGAGGUGGAAAGUCUCUGGAACCUUACUUCUCCCUGCGUUUGGAGAGUUCCCACACCCUAGCCCAGUCUGCAGGUGAGACACACUAUCCUAGCACCUUUCUAGAGGGAACUGUAUUUAAAUGCAGGUGUACAAAAAAUGUUAACACAGCUUCAGAAUUCAGUUUAGCAAGCACCCAGCUGCCGUGUCUGCUUUAUCCCUUGACCCUCUCUAGCCACUAUCCUCUUCUUCCUGGCUUAGAUUCCAGCUGCUCCAGUUUAGAAGUUCCCUGACCUGUUACCUUGCAGCUCUUAGCUGGUGGCAACAAAGCAACUGCCCUCUAGCCAAGGCCGCAGACCAUUGUGUAUGUAUAAGUAGUCUGUUACAUUGAGCUUUCGGGCCGAGGGACUCUGUAAGUCAGUGCCCCCAGUUCAUCCCUUCUGCAUUUUAUACCUUACCCUGGCCGUCCCUCUUCCAUCCCAACCCUGGGUUGAAGCGUGUUGUGCAAAGGUUCAUCCGUGGGAGGAAAGCAACAGAUACAACAGCAAUAAUACAACAGUCAGAGCUUUUGAUGUAAGGUGGGGGGGAGUUCCCCCUUGUGGGGGAAUGGGAGGGGGAUUGAACUGAUGCCUGCUACUAAAUUUACAGAAAUUUUGUAUCACGUGCCCCCCACCCUACCCCUUUUUUUUUUUUGAGCCAGUCAAAUAACCCAGGUUUCAAUCCCAGCCACACUCGUUUUAAUUUAUUUGAGAGAACUCUAAUCGUAUUUUCACGGCAGUAUCUUGUAUUUUUUAUUUUUGUGAUUCAGCAAUGUGAAGAAGGAGAAAAAACAAAAACCCGAUUGCUAACAGUGUUUCAUUCCUUGUUCUGUAGAGCUAACCACUCUAAAAUUGUUUGGUCAAGUCACUUAGUGUAAUUAAUUGUAACAUACUCUUUUAAAUAAAUUGAUUUAUUGAUGAAACGACUA